AUGAAGGCUUACUGGUACGAUAAUAAGCCGGGCGACCAGCGCGAACCCCACGACGACGGCCGUCCCGUCGACGAAACCUACCUCGCCUCCCUGGGCGUCUUCUACCGCUACUGCCCGACUAUCGAGGACGUGGACGCUCUGGCCGCCGAGCGCGGAUACAAGAACCGCGAUGAGGUCACCGUGUCUCCCAAGACCAUGGGCGACGUGUACGAGGAGAAGGUGAAGAUGUUUUUCCAUGAGCAUCUGCAUGAGGAUGAGGAGAUCCGGUAUAUCCGGGACGGGGAGGGAUAUUUUGAUGUCCGGGGUCAGGAGGAUGAGUGGGUGCGGAUUAAGUUGGUCAAGGAUGAUUUGAUUAUUCUUCCUGCGGGCAUUUAUCAUCGCUUUACGACGGAUGAGAAUAAUUAUGUCAAGGCCAUGCGUCUGUUCCAGGAGGAACCUAAGUGGACCCCUCUGAACCGCAGUACUGAUCUCGAUGGGAACCCUCACCGUGUGUCGUAUCUCGGUAGCUUGGGUAAGGCUGCUGUUGCUGCGGUUUGAGUGGCGGGGUUGGAGUGGCAUGAUGACCGAUGUGCUUGAUGGAGGCUUGCUGUCGGCGGCAUGUAAGCUGAUGACUGUUCUAUACCAUGAAUGAAAUUACGAUAUCUGUUCCCUUGGUGAAGCUCAAAGGUAAU